UUUCCCGCGUUUUUGAUUCGAUUGGAUUUCGGAUUUGCGAAUUGCAAAUUGCAAUUGGAUUGUUGGGAAAGGUGCAGCAGUAAAAUUGCACAAAUCGCCGCAAAAUGCAGCGCAACCCGGUCAUCUAGAAGCCACACACACCGAAAGAUUGAAAGAUUCCUGCUCAUUCCUGAUCCAAAUCCACAUCCACCAUGUUCGUACAAGAUCUGCGCAACGACUUCUACCGCCAGCUGGUGGGCAAGCGCAUCCUGAUCGUGGUCAACUACGACAUCGACGCCAUCUGCGCCAGCCGCAUCCUGCAGGCGCUGUUCAAGUACGACCACAUGCUCUACACGGUGGUGCCCAUCAUGGGCGUCACUGGGCUGAAGCGGGCCUACGGGGAGCACCAGGGCGACGUCAAGUACGUGGUGCUGGUCAACUGCGGCGGCUGCGUGGACAUCGUGGAGCUGCUGCAGCCCGCCGAGGACGUGACCUUCUUCAUCUGCGACUCGCACCGCCCGCUGGACGUUUGCAACAUCUACAGCGAUCGCCAGGUUUGCAUCCUGGGCGAUGCCUCGCUGGAGGAGAACAUCCCCUCCUUCGAGACCAUUUUCUACGACUCCGAGGGGGAGGAAGAUGAAGAGGAUGAAACCUCGGACCAGGAGGAUCAGCGGAACAACGACAGCGGCGCCGGGGAAUCGGAUCAGGAGGAUCAGGCGGCUCCCAGGAGCAGCUCUCACAAACUCAGCCGCCUGGAGCGGCACGAGCAGCGCAUCCUCAAGCAGCGCGCCCGCCGGCAAUGGGAAUCGGAGCGCGACAGGAUCAUGUUCGAGUACACCCAGUUCAGCUACUAUGGGAGGUCGGCCGCCCUGAUGCUCUUCGAGCUCGCCUGGAAGCUGAGCAAGGACAACAUGGACCUCCUCUGGUGGGCCAUCGUGGGCUGCACUGAGCAACUACUCCUCGGGAAGAUCGAGAGUGGUGCUUACACUUUAGAACUAGAGCAAAUCCAGUCGCAUGUGUCGCGGCUAACGAACAAGACGAAUGACCAGAAUACGAUGAGUGCCUCGAAAAUCACCUUCGAGAAUGAUUUGCACCUGGUUUUGUACCGCCACUGGCCUGUCACGGAGUCCAUGAGAUAUUCCCGCUACGCCUCCUGCCAGCUGAAACUGUGGACGCUGCGAGGCGAGAAGAGACUCCACGAACUGCUCCUCGAGAUGGGACUGCCGCUGGUGCAUGCUAGGCAAACCUACGGAGCCAUGGACCUGGUGCUGCGCAAGGAGUUCUACUCGAUGGUCGAGCGGCUGGCCGAGAAGUACGACAUACCGGACAUUGUGUACGGCACCUUCACCCUGAGCUACGGCUACCGCAGUCGCUAUGCGGCAGCGGACUAUGUCUACGCUCUGCUGGCCAUCAUGGAGUCGGUGAAGAAGCACAAGACGCCGGAGGAUUGCUUCCUGGAGGCCUCCGACUCGCUGAGUCGCCAGCACAAGCAGCUCCUAACCGCUGGAAUUGAUCAGGCCAAGCUCCUGCAUGCCGCCGUCUUUCGGCAGGUGCAGAGCAGUUUGGAGGCACGCCAGGUGCACUCCGCAGGCUCCUUCUUCUACUACGUUCUGCAGGAGGAGCACGCCUUCUUCUCGUAUCCCUAUGCCUUGGGUCUGCUCGCCCGCUUCCUGCUGCGCGGCCAUGUGGCGACGAGUAGGGCGCGACAGGCACCGGAUUUGCCCCUAAUAGCCAGCUGCCCGUUGGACGCGGCGCAGGGCAUGUGCCUGCUGGUGGGGAUUGCUCCUGUUCGGGAGGAUUCGCCGAGGAAUUUCUUUGGCAAGGCCUUCGAGCAGGCCGCUCAAAAGUCGGGCGUUGCCCUGCUGCAGGAUUUCUUCGAGCCUGCGGUGGUGCAGCUGCGCCAGAGCGACCUCACCCGCUUCCUGGACGCGCUCACCGUGCUGCUCACAUGAUUCAUUCACCUGCUAUCUAUCCA